AAGAACUCCACCCCUUUUCAGGAACGGAAAACGAACGAGGGAGAAGAAGGAGGUUAAAUGGGGUAAGGAAGAAAAACCGAAGGAUAAGCCGAACUUUGGUUUGACCGGAAACCUGGCCGCCGAUACGAACACGUUUCAUGGCGUGGUCAUUAAGUACACCGAACCACCAGAAGCGAGAAAACCAAAAUUGCGAUGGAGCUUGUACCCAUUUAAAGGGGACCAGAAUUUGCCGGUUCUCUACAUUCACCGCCAAAGCGCCUACCUCAUAGGACGUGACCGACGAGUGGCCGAUAUUCCCGUCGAUCACCCUAGCUGUUCCAAGCAGCACGCUGCAUUACAGUACCGCGUUGUCCCUGAAACAACAGUUGACGGCAGGACGGUGCGCCGCAUCAAGCCGUACUUGAUGGACCUUGGAUCAGCCAACGGAACAUUCAUUAACAACAAAAAGAUCGACACCCAGCGUUACUACGAACUACUCGAGAAGGACGUGAUCAAAUUCGGUUUCAGUACGCGAGAAUACGUAAUUCUGAAUGAGAAAUCAGUUGACGAUGGUGAAGACAACGGCAGCGAGGACGACGUCGAACACGUUGAAACGGACAACGAGGAGGAGGAGGAGGGAAAACAUGGCGUUUCGCCGAACCCCUUACCCGAAACGGCAAACGAUUCAAAUGGAUGA